UCUCACAUGAACUUUUACUCUCUUCCUCUCACUAAAAUCCCUAAAAGUUCUAUAGAUGCAAAGGAAUCCCUAUCCCUCCCUCCUUUCUCAUUUUCCUCUGAUCCAAACAAGAAACAACGAACUCGCCUUCAACCUUCUUCUUCAAACCAGAAAAAUAGAGAAUAGAAAAUUCUAAGAUAAAUUAUGAGUAAAUCUUGGUUUGACAAAGGCUACAAUGGGGUUGGGCCCAACGAUGAUUUCUUUGAUGACGUAAUAAAGUAUUUGGAUUUGCCAUUGGAAGACGUUGAAGGACCUGAUGGCAAUGGUAGUAUAGAGGACGUAAAUAAUUUUCUUCUGCCCGUGGAAGAGAACAAUGAUGGUGGUGAAGACUGGGAUUGUGAUUUUGAAAACUUAGAGCCGCCACCUACCAAUGUUUUGGCCAGCUUAUCUUCCGGGUUCUAUGGUGAUUUCUUCAGUGAUAGUUUGGCCCAAAACCUUACCGAUUCUUGUGAUGGAUCUUCACAACUAAACCAGCUCUCAAGCACUACCAGCAUUACCCCACACAGCGACUGCACUGAUGUGAAAGGUUCGACCUGGUUCCAGACUUCCAGUCCAGUAUCCGUGCUUGAAAGCAGUAGCCCUUGCUCCGCUGCAAAUCCCACACCUAUCGACCCCAAACUAAGUUUCCUGGUGAAGAAGAGAGGUCGAAGCAAGCGCAGACCAGCAUCUACCUUUAACCAGCAGUUCAUAUUUUCUUCAAUAUCCUCCACAUCCUCUGCCUCCAGAGGAACUAAUUAUGUGGUUGGUUCUGAGUCAGAAUCAGAAAACAAUCCUACUGAGAAACCUGCCAAAAAGAGACAGAAGAAGAAAAAGAACCUGACAUUGCUUUCGGGUUGCAAUGAGACCAAGAAACCCCCUUCUCUACAGCCUAUUGUUAUUAUGAAAUGUACGCACUGCGAAGUUACAGAAACACCACAAUGGAGAGAAGGGCCAAUGGGACCCAAGACCCUUUGUAAUGCAUGUGGUGUUCGGUACCGGUCUGGCCGCCUUUUUCCAGAGUAUCGUCCUGCGGCUAGUCCGACGUUUGUUGCAUCGAUGCAUUCCAACUCUCAUAAGAAGGUGGUAGAGAUGAGGAAAAAAGCCAAGUUGCCGUUGUCGUUGUCGUCGAUCCCACCCAAAAUGUCAUUCCGGUAACAGCUGCAGAUGCAUUGGUCACUAUUAGUUCAGAAAAAGCUUAGUAGAGUGAGCUUCUCCAUUGUUGUGUCUUUUUUAUAUACAUAUAUGUUCUUUUUGUGUCGUUCCUUGUUUCUCAGUGUGUACAUUGAUGGAAUAAGUAGGAUGUUAGAUGAUUGACAUGUUUGGCAGGCAGGAAAUAUUUUAGUGAAGUAGAGGAUGAUCGAAGGGUUGAUUUUUCAAAAGUUAGGUUUAACAAGUUUGUGUUUGACAGUAUCAGGUCUCUCACCUCAUUCAUUUAUUCUUGUAACUGUUAAAUCUAAUCUUUUUACUUUUUUCUUGUUUUCCAGAA